AUGAAGCGGAGGCAGGGCGCAAGCAUUGCUCUCCUCAUUUCAGAUUUCGGCUAUGUGGACAUCAUCAGGAAGCUAUUCGCGCAGGGAUCGCUUGGGACAGUUUACACCUCAGCCAAAAACCAUUCCCUUAUAGAGCGUUAUCGUGCUGCAGGCGUUGAAAUCGUGGGUCUGGGACAGGGCAGCAGGGCCAGCACAAAAGUGAGAGCUAUCCUCCACCAGGACGGUAGUGGGCAUGUGGAGCUUGCGACGCCGUAUGAUCGCCAUAAUGUGUCGGAUGAGAUUUCGAUGGACGCGCUUAUCAACUUCUUGCGUGAGCUCGAUUAUGUCGGUCGCGACGAACAGGAGUUCUUGUUGCACUCCCUGGCAAAAUUCUGGCACUUGAAUGGGUUGGGAUCUUUGACUGUGUUUCCCCAGCGCUGCGCCUUCAAAGACGUCUAUGUGACCAUGUCGACCUUGCGUGAAAGACCCUGGCAGAGGUAUACUCACGACUUAGCCUUCCUGCUUCCACAAUCGGUUAAUAGGCCGAAGUUGGUCAAGGCAGCGAAACAGACGUUCGGAAGCGGCUUGGCCAAGUCAAUUUACAAGGGUGGUGGUCCGUUCAUACUCCGAGAUUCCGAGAACAUGGUUCGUCAAGCCUUGGAGAAGAUGGGAUAUCUGGACGGAGACCUAAAUGCCGACCUGGCUGAAGCAAUGCUAGUUUUUGUGAACGGUCCCAAAAAUCAGUACAAGCUGCGAAAGGACCUGAAUGCCUUGCCAAGCCCUCAGGAUACGCCCGUGGAAGUGCAGGCAAAGCUGCGGCGCGCCUUCUCGUCACACCGUUCGGACUGCGAAUGGCGCAUCGCGCCCAGGGAUGAUGCCGUGCGCAUAUUGCUCCGACAACAAGGUUUCUUGGCCAGGGCCGAUGCCAAGGCCAAGGGGACCGGCGAAGUGUUCGAAGCAAUGGCCAGCUAUGCCAAGCGGCACGGUCUGCCUAAGAUGAAGACAUACAACGGGUAUGUCUUCCGCAUUCUGCGGGCCAUGGACCGCACGCCGAACAAGACUGGCACUGUGGAGUUCCAGCUGUGA